AUCCCAAGGCUAAACCCUAUAUUUCGCAGCGAAUUAACAUUAGACUGAUCAGAUCGAGUUGUCGGAAGGUCAAAAGACAAUGGCUGAGGAUCAACAGAUAGGAGUGCUCAAGGCACUGGAUGUGGCAAAGACGCAGCUUUACCAUUUCACGGCCAUUGUGAUAGCCGGAAUGGGAUUCUUCACCGAUGCGUACGAUCUCUUCUGCAUCUCGCUGGUCACAAAGCUCCUCGGCCGUCUCUAUUACCAUAACCCUCAGUCAGCUAAGCCCGGAACCCUCCCACCGGACGUGGCUGCAGCCGUCAAUGGUGUCGCCCUCUGUGGGACGUUGGCCGGUCAGCUCUUCUUCGGGUGGCUCGGUGACAAACUCGGACGCAAGAAAGUGUACGGUAUCACUUUGGUCAUGAUGGUCGUUUGCUCGGUUGCCUCUGGCCUCUCCUUUGGCAACUCUGCCAAGGGUGUCAUGACCACUCUCUGCUUCUUCCGGUUCUGGUUAGGGUUCGGCAUCGGAGGUGACUACCCUCUCUCCGCCACCAUCAUGUCUGAAUACGCGAACAAGAAGACUCGUGGGGCUUUCAUCGCGGCAGUAUUCGCCAUGCAGGGCGUCGGGAUCUUGGCCGGAGGUAUGGUAGCGCUCAUGGUCUCAAGCAUAUUCGACCACAAGUUCCCGGCUCCAACGUACCAAGUGAACCGAAAUCUUUCGACUCCUCCUCAAGCAGACUACAUAUGGCGUAUCAUCCUCAUGGUCGGCGCUCUUCCAGCCGCAUUGACCUAUUAUUGGCGUAUGAAGAUGCCCGAAACCGCCCGUUACACGGCUUUGGUCGCCAAGAACGUCAAACAGGCAGCUCAGGACAUGUCCAAGGUUUUGCAGGUUGAUCUGGAAGUCCAAGAAAGGGAGGAGGAACUCAUCAAGGACCCGAAACUUAGCUAUGGCUUGUUCUCCGCUGAAUUCUUGAGACGCCACGGGCUUCACCUUCUUGGUACAACCUCUACAUGGUUCUUGCUCGACAUCGCUUUCUACAGCCAGAACUUGUUCCAGAAAGAUAUUUUCUCGGCCAUCGGAUGGAUUCCAAAGGCAGCCACGAUGAACGGUAUCCACGAGGUGUUCAUGAUCGGCAGGGCACAAACCCUAAUCGCGCUCUGCAGUACCGUCCCCGGUUACUGGUUCACGGUCGCAUUCAUAGAUAUAAUCGGAAGGUUCUGGAUCCAACUGAUGGGGUUCUUCUUCAUGACGGUCUUCAUGUUCGCCAUAGCCUUCCCAUACAACCACUGGAUCAAGCCGGAUAACCGCAUCGGAUUCGUGGUGAUGUACUCUCUCACUUUCUUCUUCGCCAACUUUGGACCGAAUGCAACGACGUUCAUCGUCCCGGCAGAGAUAUUCCCGGCCAGGCUGAGGUCGACGUGUCACGGAAUCUCUGCCGCGACAGGGAAAGCGGGUGCGAUCGUGGGAGCGUUCGGAUUCUUAUACGCAGCGCAGCCAAAGGACAAGACGAAGGUGGACGCAGGAUACCCACCAGGCAUCGGAGUGAAGAACUCUUUGAUAAUGCUCGGCGUCAUCAACUUUGUCGGAAUGUUGUGUACUUUCCUCGUUCCUGAAUCCAAGGGCAAGUCCCUCGAAGAACUCUCCGGCGAGGCCAAGGUCGACGAAGAUUGAUAUUAUUAUUUCCAAUCAUAUCACCUUUUUCAAUUAUACGAAAUGUGUUUUUUUUUUCUCGGGUGCUACGUUUUUUUUUUGUUUAUGGUUG